AUGAAAGGAUCUAUUCUUGCCCCAGCUGCAGCCUGCAUCAGCCAGUCGAUAUGGAUCAGUUUUACGAUGAAGUCGCAGUGGCUCGACAUCUUGGCUGUCUAUGAUGCUGCUAGCAGAGACCCCUUGAGAGCAGCUCCGCUAUUGUGGAUACUCAGAAUAAGACGUCUAGCAUGUGUGGGUGCACUACUCACGUUGCUCGCCGUUGGCAUCGAACCCACCGUGCAACAGGCUAUUACAAUCCAGGCCCAUCGAGACAAUGCUUUACAGCAAGCCUACGUCCCUCGAGCGCAAAAUUUCCUCCAGAUUGCAUCCCCCAAUUCUUCCUCCAUGGAACCAAGCGUCCCGACGAACUCCAUGAUUGGCACUUUGUUCAACGGACUGUUUUUUGGUUCAAUGCAGUCUGGGAAGGCAUCACUAGAUGUUGUUCCAAGUUGCCCAAGCGGAAACUGUACCUUUCCAGCGUACCAGACGUUAGCAGCUUGCUACAAAUGUCAAGAUUCCGCCAGUGCUGUUGUGGAAGAUUGCAUCGGGUGGAAGAAUCCAUACAACACCGACCGAAGGACUUGCCAUUACCGGCUACCCAAUUCGCUACAGCUCAAUCAGACAGCCCCCGUCAGGACGGAGCAUCAUUCUACAACCUUUGGAAAGCCAACAAUAGCCGCUAGCGCCCAGCUUCCCCUGGUGAUACCUACGUCUUACGGUGAAAACAUCAUGAACCUGGCAAUCUUGAAUGGCACGAACGGUGAAGUUAAAGGCAACAUGUCGAUAUCUGGCUCACAGUGCGUUCUGUAUUGGUGUAUCAAGACACUCGAGGCCGAGGUCACAGACGGCCAAUUUCAUGAGUAUGAGCUGAGGUCCUGGAUCGAUAAGGACGCCAUCAUAAAAGGGGAUUUGGUUUUGGACAAAUUCCACCGGACUUUCCCAACAUUACUCUCGCUCCUCCAGAUUUAG